GCGGGCCGCGGGGUGAGCGCCGCGCUCCGCGCUCCUGCCGGCGGCUCCCUCUCGCCGCCUCUGCAGAAACAGCUCCUGCCAGAGCGGCGCGCGGCGCGGCCCGGAGCGGCGGCGCCUUCCUGCCUCCUCGCCCUCGGGACUCGCCGGACCUUCGGGCAGAGGAAAGCGGAGCAGGGCCGGGGAGGACGCGCCGAGAGCGGGCGGAGAGGGUUCAGGCCGGCGGCCGGCGGGCGUCUCCCGCCCUGGGGUCCGCGCUCCCCUCUCCCCUUCCGCCUCCUCUCGCUCUGCCUCCCCAUUUAUUUUUUCAAAUGCUGUGGCCGCCAGAGGUGCGGCGCUGAAUUCUUGGAAGGGGCCCGGAUGUGCUGAGGAUGCAUUACAAUUUCACUGAAGGAGGCAGUAGUGGAAAGGAUCAGUUUUUGGUGUUUGAUGCAAUAAUGGGAAUCAGGUAAUCAUCAGAAAGGAAGAAGAGCGACCGCAGAUCCGCGGCUUCCUCGAAUUUUGCACGAAAGCCGCCGGCCUCGGAGGAGGGAUUAGUGCAGACCCGCUCGGGCGUGUUGGACAUUUCUUGCUCUUUGUGGCUUCUCCUUUUCAAACAAUUCUUGGUCCAUGGUCAAUGAAAACACGAGGAUGUACAUUCCGGAGGAAAACCACCAAGGUCCCAGCUAUGGGAGCCCGCGCCCGGCUCACGCCAACAUGAAUGCCAAUGCGGCCGCGGGGCUGGCACCUGAGCACAUCCCCACACCGGGGGCCGCCCUGUCCUGGCAGGCAGCCAUUGACGCGGCCCGGCAGGCCAAGCUGAUGGGCAACGCUGGCAACGCCACCAUCUCCACGGUCAGCUCCACGCAGCGGAAACGGCAGCAGUACGGGAAGCCCAAGAAGCAGGGCAGCACGAUGGCCACCCGCCCGCCCCGUGCCCUGCUCUGCCUGACCCUCAAGAACCCCAUCCGGAGGGCGUGCAUCAGCGUCGUCGAGUGGAAGCCAUUUGAAAUCAUUAUUUUACUGACUAUUUUUGCCAACUGUGUGGCCUUAGCGAUCUAUAUUCCCUUUCCAGAGGACGACUCCAACGCCACCAACUCCAACCUGGAACGGGUGGAGUAUCUCUUUCUCAUCAUUUUUACUGUGGAAGCAUUUUUAAAGGUCGUAGCCUAUGGGCUGCUCUUUCACCCCAAUGCUUAUCUCCGCAACGGCUGGAACUUGCUGGAUUUUAUCAUUGUGGUUGUUGGGCUUUUCAGUGCAAUCUUAGAGCAAGCGACCAAAGCCGACGGGGCCAACGCCCUGGGAGGGAAGGGGGCUGGAUUCGACGUGAAGGCGCUCAGGGCGUUCCGUGUGCUGCGGCCCCUGCGGCUGGUGUCCGGGGUCCCGAGUCUCCAGGUGGUCCUGAACUCCAUCAUCAAGGCCAUGGUGCCCCUGCUGCACAUCGCCCUGCUUGUGCUGUUCGUCAUCAUCAUCUACGCCAUCAUCGGGCUGGAGCUCUUCAUGGGGAAGAUGCACAAGACCUGCUACAACCUGGAGGGCAUCGCAGAUGUCCCAGCAGAAGACGACCCCUCCCCCUGUGCCCUGGAGACGGGCCACGGGCGGCAGUGCCAGAACGGCACGGUGUGCAAGCCGGGCUGGGAUGGGCCCAAGCACGGCAUCACCAACUUCGACAACUUUGCCUUCGCCAUGCUGACCGUGUUCCAGUGCAUCACCAUGGAGGGCUGGACCGACGUCCUCUACUGGGUCAAUGAUGCCGUGGGAAGGGACUGGCCCUGGAUCUAUUUUGUUACACUAAUCAUCAUAGGGUCAUUUUUUGUACUUAACUUGGUUCUCGGUGUCCUUAGCGGAGAGUUUUCCAAAGAGAGGGAGAAGGCCAAGGCCCGGGGCGACUUCCAGAAGCUGCGGGAGAAGCAGCAGCUGGAGGAGGACCUGAAGGGCUACCUGGACUGGAUCACGCAGGCGGAGGACAUCGACCCCGAGAACGAGGACGAGGGCUUGGACGAGGAGAAACCCCGAAACAUGAGCAUGCCCACCAGUGAGACUGAGUCUGUCAACACGGAAAACGUGGCUGGAGGUGACAUCGAGGGAGAGAGCUGCGGGGCCAGGCUGGCCCACAGGAUCUCCAAGUCGAAGUUCAGCCGCUACUGGCGCCGGUGGAAUCGGUUCUGCAGGAGGAAAUGCCGUGCAGCCGUGAAGUCGAGCAUCUUCUACUGGCUUGUCAUCUUCCUGGUUUUCCUCAACACGCUCACCAUCGCCUCUGAGCACUACAACCAGCCCCACUGGCUCACGGAAGUCCAAGACACGGCCAACAAGGCCCUGCUGGCCCUGUUCACGGCGGAGAUGCUGCUCAAGAUGUACAGCCUGGGGCUGCAGGCCUACUUCGUGUCCCUCUUCAACCGCUUCGACUGCUUCAUCGUAUGCGGCGGCAUCCUGGAGACCAUCCUGGUGGAGACCAAGAUCAUGUCGCCCCUGGGCAUCUCCGUGCUGAGAUGCGUCCGCCUCCUGAGGAUAUUUAAGAUCACGAGGUACUGGAACUCCCUGAGCAACCUGGUGGCGUCCCUGCUGAACUCCGUGCGCUCCAUCGCCUCCCUGCUGCUGCUGCUGUUCCUCUUCAUCAUCAUCUUCUCCCUCCUGGGCAUGCAGCUCUUCGGGGGGAAGUUCAACUUUGAUGAGAUGCAGACCCGGAGGAGCACGUUCGAUAACUUCCCCCAGUCCCUUCUCACCGUGUUUCAGAUCCUGACCGGGGAGGACUGGAAUUCGGUGAUGUAUGAUGGGAUCAUGGCUUAUGGCGGCCCCUCUUUUCCAGGGAUGUUAGUCUGUAUUUACUUCAUCAUCCUCUUCAUCUGUGGAAAUUAUAUCCUACUGAAUGUGUUCUUGGCCAUUGCCGUGGACAACCUGGCUGACGCCGAGAGCCUCACCUCUGCCCAGAAGGAGGAGGAAGAAGAGAAGGAGAGGAAGAAGCUGGCCAGGACUGCCAGCCCAGAGAAGAAACAAGAGAUGGUGGAGAAGCCGGCCGUGGAGGAGGCCAAGGAGGAGAAAAUCGAGCUGAAAUCCAUCACGGCGGAUGGAGAGUCCCCCCCUGCCACCAAGAUCAACAUGGACGACCUCCAGCCCAACGAGAAUGAGGACAAGAGUUCCUACCCCAACCCGGAAACCACAGGAGAAGAGGAUGAGGAGGAGCCUGAGAUGCCCGUGGGCCCCCGCCCACGCCCCCUCUCUGAGCUGCACCUGAAGGAGAAGGCGGUGCCCAUGCCAGAAGCCAGCGCCUUCUUCAUCUUCAGCCCGAGCAACAGGUUCCGCCUCCAGUGCCAUCGCAUCGUCAACGACUCCAUCUUCACCAACCUGAUCCUCUUCUUCAUCCUGCUCAGCAGCAUCUCCCUGGCUGCCGAGGACCCCGUCCAGCACACCUCCUUCAGGAACCACAUUCUGUUUUAUUUUGACAUUGUUUUCACUACCAUUUUCACCAUUGAAAUUGCUCUGAAGAUGACCGCCUACGGGGCCUUCCUGCACAAGGGCUCCUUCUGCCGGAACUACUUCAACAUCCUGGACCUGCUGGUGGUCAGCGUGUCCCUCAUCUCCUUCGGCAUCCAGUCCAGUGCCAUCAACGUGGUGAAGAUCUUGCGAGUCCUGAGGGUGCUCAGGCCCCUGAGGGCCAUCAACAGGGCCAAGGGACUGAAGCACGUGGUACAGUGCGUGUUCGUGGCCAUCCGCACCAUCGGGAACAUCGUGAUCGUCACCACGCUGCUGCAGUUCAUGUUCGCCUGCAUCGGGGUCCAGCUCUUCAAGGGCAAGCUCUACACCUGUUCAGACAGUUCCAAACAGACGGAGGCCGAGUGCAAGGGGAACUACGUCACAUACAAGGACGGGGAGGUGGAUCACCCCAUCAUCCAGCCCCGCAGCUGGGAGAACAGCAAGUUUGACUUUGACAAUGUCCUGGCAGCUAUGAUGGCCCUGUUCACCGUCUCCACCUUUGAGGGGUGGCCAGAGCUGCUGUACCGCUCCAUCGACUCCCACACGGAGGACAAGGGCCCCAUUUACAACUACCGCGUGGAGAUCUCCGUCUUCUUCAUCAUCUACAUCAUCAUCAUCGCCUUCUUCAUGAUGAACAUCUUUGUGGGCUUCGUCAUCGUCACCUUCCAGGAGCAGGGGGAGCAGGAGUACAAGAACUGCGAGCUGGACAAGAACCAGCGGCAGUGCGUGGAGUACGCCCUGAAGGCCCGGCCCCUGCGGAGGUACAUCCCCAAGAACCAGCACCAGUACAAGGUGUGGUACGUGGUCAACUCCACCUACUUCGAGUACCUGAUGUUCGUCCUCAUCCUCCUCAACACCAUCUGCCUGGCCAUGCAGCACUACGGUCAGAGCUGCCUGUUCAAAAUCGCCAUGAACAUCCUCAACAUGCUCUUCACUGGCCUCUUCACCGUGGAGAUGAUUCUGAAGCUCAUCGCCUUCAAGCCCAAGGGCUACUUUAGUGACCCCUGGAAUGUCUUUGACUGCCUCAUCGUAAUUGGCAGCGUCAUUGACGUCAUUCUCAGUGAGACGAAUCACUAUUUCUGUGAUGCAUGGAACACAUUUGACGCCUUGAUUGUUGUGGGUAGCAUUGUUGAUAUAGCCAUCACCGAGGUAAACCCAGCUGAACAUACCCAAUGCUCUCCCUUUAUGAACGCAGAGGAGAACUCCCGCAUCUCCAUCACCUUCUUCCGCCUCUUCCGGGUCAUGCGUCUGGUCAAGCUGCUGAGCCGUGGGGAGGGCAUCCGGACGCUGCUGUGGACGUUCAUCAAGUCCUUCCAGGCCCUGCCCUACGUUGCCCUCCUGAUCGUGAUGCUGUUCUUCAUCUACGCCGUGAUCGGGAUGCAGGUGUUCGGGAAAAUCGCCCUGAAUGACACGACAGAGAUCAACAGGAACAACAACUUCCAGACCUUCCCCCAGGCCGUGCUGCUCCUCUUCAGGUGCGCCACCGGGGAGGCGUGGCAGGACAUCAUGCUGGCCUGCAUGCCAGGCAAGAAGUGCGCCCCCGAGUCGGAGCCGGGCAGCAGCGCCGAGGGGGAGACGCCCUGCGGUAGCAGCUUCGCCGUCUUCUACUUCAUCAGCUUCUACAUGCUCUGCGCCUUUCUGAUCAUCAACCUCUUCGUAGCUGUCAUCAUGGACAACUUUGACUACCUGACAAGGGACUGGUCCAUUCUGGGGCCCCACCAUCUGGACGAAUUUAAGAGAAUCUGGGCGGAGUACGAUCCUGAAGCCAAGGGUCGCAUCAAACACCUGGAUGUGGUGACCCUGCUCCGGAGGAUUCAGCCCCCCCUGGGCUUUGGGAAGCUGUGCCCUCACCGCGUGGCUUGCAAACGCCUGGUCUCCAUGAAUAUGCCCCUGAACAGCGACGGGACGGUCAUGUUCAACGCCACCCUGUUUGCCCUGGUCCGGACGGCCCUGAGGAUCAAAACGGAAGGGAACCUGGAACAGGCCAACGAGGAGCUGCGGGCCAUCAUCAAGAAGAUCUGGAAGCGGACCAGCAUGAAGCUGCUGGACCAGGUGGUGCCGCCUGCGGGAGAUGAUGAGGUCACCGUGGGCAAGUUUUACGCUACUUUCCUGAUCCAAGAGUAUUUCCGGAAAUUCAAGAAGCGCAAAGAGCAGGGCCUGGUGGGCAAGCCCUCCCAGAGGAACGCCCUGUCCCUGCAGGCUGGUCUGCGCACCCUGCAUGACCUCGGGCCCGAGAUCCGCCGGGCCAUCUCCGGGGACCUGACCGCCGAGGAGGAGCUGGACAAGGCCAUGAAGGAGGCUGUGUCCGCGGCCUCGGAAGAUGACAUCUUCAGGAGGGCCGGCGGCCUGUUCGGCAACCACGUGGGCUACUACCCCAGCGACAGCCGGAGCACCUUCCCCCAGACCUUCACCACCCAGCGCCCCCUGCACAUCAGCAAGGCGGGCACCAGCCAGGGCGACACGGAGUCGCCCUCCCACGAGAAACUGGUGGACUCCACCUUCACGCCCAGCAGCUACUCGUCCAUGGGUUCCAACGCCAACAUCAACAACGCCAACAACACCGCCCUGGGCCGCUGCCCCCGCCCCGCCGGCCAGCCCGGUGCUGCCAGCGUCAGCACCGUGGAGGGCCGUGGGCCCCCCUUGUCCCCCGCUGUCCAGGUGCAGGGGGCCUCGUGGAGGCUCAGCUCCAAGAGGUGCCCCUCCCGGGACAGCCUGAUAGCCAUGGUGUGUCAGGACGAGGCCCCUCGGGAUGAGACUUGUGACCUGAGGAUGGAUGAGGACGCCGAGUACAGCAGCGAGCCCAGCCUGAUCUGCACGGAGAUGCUCUCCUACCGGGACGACGAGAAUCGGCAGCUGGCGCCCCCCGAGGACGACAGGAGAGACGUCCAUCUCUCUCCGAAGAGGGGCUUCCUGCGCUCCGCCUCCCUAGGUCGAAGGGCCUCCUUCCACCUUGAGUGUCUGAAGCGGCAGAAGAGUCCAGGGGGAGACGUCUCUCAGAGGACAGUCCUGCCCCUGCAUCUCGUCCACCAUCAGGCGCUGGCUGUGGCGGGCCUGAGCCCCCUCCUGCAGAGAAGCCAUCCCCCUGGCGCCCUCCCCCCGCCGCAUGCCACGCCCCCUGCCACGCCCGGCCUGGCCUGGCCCCCGCGGCCUGUGCCCACCCUGCGGCUGGAGGGGGCCGAGACCAGCGACAAGCUCACCAGCAGCUUCCCAUCCGUCCACUGCGGCCCCUGGGCCGGGGAGCCCACGCCCUGCGGGGACAGCGGCGGCAUCCGGAGGGCCCGGCCCAUGUCCCUCACUGUGCCCAGCCCGGCGGGGCCCCAGGGCCGGCCCUUCCACGGCAGCGCCAGCAGCCUGGUGGAGGCGGUCUUGAUCUCAGAAGGACUCGGGCACUUUGCUCAGGAUCCCAGGUUCCUCGAGGCCACCACCCAGGAGCUGGCCGACGCCUGCGACAUGACCAUCGAGGAGAUGGAGAGCGCGGCCGACAACAUCCUUAGCGGGGGCGCCCGGCAGAGCCCCAACGGUACCCUGCUCCCGUGUGCAAACUGCAGGGACCCGGGGCCAGACCGAGAGGGGGGCGCGGAGGACGCGGCCUGGGCGCCCAGCCCCGAGCCCCGCCAGGGCGGAGAGGAGCCCCGGGACAGCAGGGCCUUCGCCAGCAGCCUGUAGCAGCCGGGACAGAGAUGCCGGGUUUUUAUUUGUCUCCAUGUUCCUAAUGGGUCCGUUUCAGAAGUGCCUCACUGUUCUCGUGACCUGGAGUUAACCGGAACAGCGUCUUCAUUCAUUUCGUAGGGACAAGAUCGAGUCGGCGGCCAGGAGAGGAGCAGCCGCGGUCCGUGUCCGGCGGGGAGCGGUGGGGGGAGGGCGCGGGCACCAGGGAGGGGGGCCCCCCCGCGGCCGCCUCGGCUCCCUCAGCCCUCACCCAAAGGACCGUGCGCCAAACGGGUGUCUUUCAACUCUGCUUGUCAAGAACUCAUUUUGCACAUAUUCUGUAUGAGCCUCACUGUCCCCAUAGAGCCAGGGCCCUGUGCCUUCACGGAAGGAAGGAGGCCCCGGCCAGGCCCUGGGGAGGGGAGGGCGCUGCAGCUCCAAGCCAAGGCUGGCCACCGCCCCCUGUGCCACCCGCGUCUGGACCCCCUUCCCACCCGGCCGUGGUCACGGCCACACCGCACCGUCGGCGCCGGGGGAGCGGGCACGCCCGCCGGGACAAGACCGGUGGUGCUGAGCGCCCGUCCAGCGCUCUUUUGUUUGGGGAUUUGACAUUUUUCUUCACAGCAUGUUGCAGUUUUCAUUUGGGGGGUUUUGUUUUUUUAUACUUCUGUUUUCCCAGGGGGAGGGGAGGGAGAAGAGUGUUUACAAAGUUUUGCAGCCACCCACCUUACCGUUUUCACUUUUGCAAAUGUAAAUCGGGUUCAGUUUUGUUGUAUUAUUUAACGGUCGUGGUUUCCUUUUCUACGGAGGAUUCAACAGAGCCGCCGUGGGAGAGUUUUACCAGCCGUGGUGUAUGCCCAAUAGUUUGUUAUCAUUUCCUUAGGUAGUGACAAGAUUUCUUCGGUUUGGUUUCAUAAUUUAAAGGUGAUCAGCAAUGCACUUGGUAGGGUCUUGCACAAAUGUGUGUAGUAGCGCGUGCCCGACAGAGGAAGCAGCACGGGGUCUCUGCGAGUGUGUGUGCCGUGUGUACGGUGGGUUGUGUGUGUGCGGGCGUGGGCUGAGUCUGCAGCCACGCUGCGCCCAGGCCGCCAGUCUGCCCGCAGUUCCCCUUGGGGCUUAAGGGUGGGGAGCUCUGAAUCUGGGGCCGUUUGAAAGCAAAAGCAAACCACAGUCUCUGCUUCUGAAACGGGAAUCAGUAACUCUGCAUUUUCUGUCCCACAAGAUAUGCAAAAACAAUGCAAUAAUAUUCAUUUUAAAAAUACAGUUGUGAGUUGUGUUGGCAUUAAAACUGUGUUUAAAAAACCACACAGAAAUUUAAGGGAGAAACUCAGAAGGCGUUUUGCUUCGAUUUGUUCCGUGUAAUGUUUUACUGCAUUGAUGGUGUUUCUGCUGAAGAGACCGUUAUACUUGAAUUCAGGUCAGUCUCAGUAUUUUACAAAUAUUUUUUUAAAACUGAAUUGCAAUUGUGCCAGGAGAAUAUAAUGAAUUAAGUUUGGUUUUGGAUUCACUUCUUGUAUAUUUGCUGCAUGUAAGUAAAUCAUUUUGUAUUUGGAGUGUGACAAGCUUCACCUUUGAGCUCUUAAGUGCUUUUCUACGUGUGGCUGGGGAAAAAGGGGACAGCUUUUCUUGUCCUUUGUGUGACAAGUGCCGGCACUACCCGUGUGGGUCCCGACGCAGGCUUGGGCCUCACUGUUUUGCAUAUCUUGUGUUCUCUUCUGUUUCCCUCACUUUUCCCCAGACGGGGUAAUAGGUGCCUCCGUGUCUUGCUUUGAGAGACCAGGACCCGUCUUCUUCCCACGUCACUCUGUCUGCUCUGCCCUGGUUUUCAGAGUUGGAGUUUCUCCGGGGAGAGCCCUGCACCAUGAGGGGCCGUGAGGCGCCCUAAGCAGCCUCUUUCAUCACUGGGUCCCCCCAGGAAAGGUGGCUGACCUUACCCUUCACCACCCCCCGCCCUGGCACAAGCGUUCCUUAGGGAAGUGCCCAUUGACCAGGAGGGUGGAGGGGAGGGGGUCCUCAGCCGACAGCAGGGGCCGGAGCCAGGCAGCAGGUGCAUCCUGUCCAUCCAAAGCCAAGUCCAUCCUGCUCGCUUCUCCAUCUUUCACUCAUUCUGGAACAGGAUCUCCUCCAGCCCACCCCUCGCGGUACAGCAGCCACGGAGGGACGAGGACUGGGGGCGGGCGGCGCGUGGGGAACUCGUGGUGAGGGCAGGGCCGGAGGCAUUGUGGGGGCAUCUCUCUGCCCCCGCACCCACCUGGACAUCACCCGGGUGCUACAUCCUUCAAACAGGUUCCAACAGUGACUGAUUCGGGGGAAGCAGGACCCAACCGUUCAUCCAGACCUUCCCCGUUGAGUCUCUUCCAGCCCCGGGCUCGCUCAGCGCUUCUUGGCGCUGACUUACAAGAGCAACUUAGAAGUCAAAGCUGGGCAGUGCCCGCUGCUCCGUGAAGACGGGUUUUCCUGUGGUGGCCUGAUGCGCACGCCCCCAGGUGAACACAUGCGAGGGCUGCUCCCUGUUCCUCCAAGCGCAGCCCUUCCAGUCUCUGCGCUCCUUCUUGGUGCCAUCGAGGUCUUGUAGGAGUUACAUUGAGGUCCUUUGUCCCGUUUCCCUAGAUGUCUGCUGCGGCUGCUAGGAUUUUAGUUCUGAUGGAGAGCGGAGCCCUUUGGGGUUGAUACCCAGCUCUUGCUGUGCAUUUGGCCCCUGGAUAGAGCUGUGGACUCUUAGCUGACCUCACACACGCCGGCACACACUCGGCCUUCUCGUGCUGUCUUCUGUUUUCCUUUUGGGCUUUUCAUCUGUGUCACCAAAUCUCAGCGACCGGCUCGUGCUGGGCUUAUGCCAGCUACUCCCAGGGCUCUGCCAAGCGCGUCCCCCCAUCACUGCGCACACUGCAGGUGUGCUUCUCCUUUGCCGUCAGCUUUGUCUCUGUCGGGAAGACCCAUCCAGGGAGGGGUCUUCCUGGGCCAGAGCUCAGGACCAGCUAGGGUGGGACGGACACGCGGCACCCAUCCUCCCGAGCCUCAUCCGUCUUGUUGUCUCCACCUCCGCACCCAAAACAGAAUCUUCCCAUGACCUUGGAAAGCAGAACCAUUGUGUUUCCUGAAGCCCUUGAGCAGCAGGAGAAAAGCCAUGAUGGCCAAGGACCUGAAGGACUUGAGGAGUUUAGGCUCAGGGUUUGGUGAAGCUGGUCUGUGUUUGUCCCCUGCUGGGCCAGCCUCUUGUUUCCACCUUAACCUUACAGUUACUUAUGUGCUUGGCUUGAUUCCCGGCUGUCUCCUUUCCACCCGCCUCCUAGAAGGUUCUUUUUGGUCUUGGGUUAAAAUGCAGACAUUUCCCCCAGAUUUUGGCUUGAUCUGUGAAUUUUUCUCUGCUUUGCUUCAGAAGCUCUUCGUCCAGUCUCUUCCCUCAUCUUCUCAGUCUGACUGGGACCCGAGGGUCUGCCUUACCCGUCUUUAUCCUCCUCCACACCGUGGCUUCCGAGCUGCAGGGUCUCAUCCUGAGCCGCCCAUCACUUCCUGCCGGCCGGCCUCCCGACACACCGUCUCCCCAUCCGUUAGCUGAGGGCACCACACCCUCCAAGGCCAAUGUGACGUCUUUCUGAGGAAGAAGAGCCCCUGAAAGGGAGGAGCUUGGAGGUCAUCGAGGGCGUGAGGGCUGCUUUCCAGGGGCCAGUUGAGAGUAUGUGCCCCCCACCCCAUAGGCCAAGAAACAGAACAGCACCUAGACCAGCACAGGGAGGAGCCCGCGUGGUGGAGGCCCACAGCCUCGUCAGACCACCAUCACAGGCAUUGCUGAGCACGGGGGUGGCACCUCCACACCCCGCGAGACCUGGAAGGACGGGCGUGUCGCUGUCCAAGAGGCCAAGGGCCGGGCGACCUGGUGUCGACCCUCUAAGCCGCUGGUCAGUCGAACCAGAGCCCAGGCCAGGUCUGUUUUUUUAAAGACCAGGCUCUGGUCUGCGGAAAGUGCCAGCACUGAACCGAAGGGAAACUGGGGCAAAAGGGGGCAUGUUUUGACCCCCUGUGUCUGCUCCUGUUUUAUGGAAGGAAGUGUCCGGUGUGACGGCCCGCCGUGGCCGGGACAGCGGAGAGGCGGGGGCCUCAAGAUCGACCGUAGAAGAAGAGAAAAAUAAAAGUGCUCUGGUGCUGUUUUCCCAGCCAAACCACUGUCUCUGGCCGUUAGGGGUGUCUGCCACCCUGUCCCCCUCUCUGCGGAUACUUCUCCCGCGUGUGGGCCACGGGCUCCAGUGGGACGACAGGCGGGCUGGGGGGAUACCCCGGGGUCACCACAGGAAGCCAGCGCCCAGCUUUCCUGGCAGCUGCGCCCGCAUCAGGGUGGGCCUCCCUCCUUUUCCCCAGCCCCCCGUUUUCCCUCUUCCCCCGGUUCAGUGAGAAGGGGCCUGUGAGCAGAUUCUAACAUAGUUUCUUUGUGAAGCCAUUUCUGGGUUUAACUUUAUUUAUUUAUUUAUUUUUGUUUCCAACGAAACCCUGCUUUGUGAGGCCAGGCAGCAAACCAGCAAGUAAAUGUGUUUCUGCCAGGGUUCCGCAUCGUUGGGGAGAGACCUGCACCCCACACGCGCGCACACCGACACACGCUCUUGUACACGCGCACACACCCUGAUGGGGCAGGCGCCGGCCCUCGGGCUGGGAUCAAGAUGCCUGGCUUUGCCCUCCUCUCAGAAGGCUGAGUGCUGACUGGAGAGAGAAGCAGAGGUCCUCCCCCGGGUGGAAGCAUGCCGUCCGGACUGAAUUCUACUAUGAACUAAAUAUCACUUCUCUUCAUGGAGAAAAUACCACCACUCUUAAAGUCAAGAUUUUUUCUUGCCAUGAUUUUAGGAGGUUUGGUCCAUAGCAGGCAGGUGGCGAAGCCCCUGAGGCUCCCUGGUGUCUUAGAACAGCCUCCUUGUGGGCUCUCUGAAGGGGGACUGGCGAUUGCAGCGGAGUGUAUGGAAUAUACCGUUAGGCUGAGUUGGGCAAAUCACUGAACCCUGAGAGCAGUCGGAGGUGGGGUCUUCCACGGACGUUCCCUUUCUCCCCUAAAUCAGGGACGCCCAGAGGGGGACUAGAGAGCGGGACAAGAGUUUGGAUGUCACAUCAGCCGAGUCCACAGCCUCCUGUGGGUUGGGGCUGCCUUGCUGCAGGCACCUCCCCUUUUGUGGGGCAUCCAGGCACCCAGGUUUCAGAAUAAGUAGUGUGACUUUGAUACGGCUCCUGGAAAGGGUGUGUGACACUUAGUCCACGUGAAUCAGACAUGUACGACAAUUCACCACCUGGGAGGACUCGUGAGUGGGAAGAUGUUCCACCGAGCUCACAUCUGAGCCGCUCUGGGGUCAGAGGCUGUCUGUUUCAGGGGAGAGCCGUGUCUGUAGGAGACACGGAGGUGGGCACAGUGCUUCCUAGUCACGGUGCGGCCCGGAGGCUCCCGUCCCGCCAUCCUCGGUGCCCCUGGGUCUGUGGGCCGGCGUGAGGAGAAGGGGGCCCGGCCUCGGUCACCACCCGCUGCCCUGGCUCCUGAGGGCGUGGCCUGCGGGACCUCAAAGCCCAGAGCAGGCGGCAGGGGAGGCCCUGUCCCUAGACGGGUCACUGGGUUCCAAGCCCCCCUCCCCCAAGAUGUCCCACCGUGGAGACACCAUGCCAGGCUUGAAAGGGAAAAACAGAACUUGGGACUCAAGGGUAGACGGUUUGUAAAACAAAUAAUCCAGCACCAAGGUCUCCUUCAGAAGGCGGCCCCAGAGACCCAGAUGCAGAGGCCCCUUACUGCCUGCACGUCAAGGGCAUCCCACCCACCCUCAGAGUCUGGCCUUGACCUCCCUGCCCGCCCCCCCUCCACUGUUCUCCCAGAGCCUUGAGGGAAUAAGGUCUGGCUCUGGAGGCCCGGAUGUCCAAGGCACAAGCAGGUCUGGACUAGUCUGUGAUGUAGCAGCGAGAACCACCGUGGAAAACACACGUCCGCUAAGAAUCAGGGUGACGGGCCCCCCAUUGGUUGGUGAAGCGCCAGAGUGUGUAUCGCUGUCACAAUUUCCCUGUUUUAUUUUGAUGCCCCUGAGCUACCAAGCCAAGGUCCUCCGUGCGGGAGGUACGGACGCAGCCCCUCCACCCCACCCCCGCCUCUUGUCCCAGCUCGGACCCCCUUCAUCCUCCGACCCACCGAACCAUGCUCGUUCCCAGAGGUCGGUGCCCCCGCCGUCGCCCCUGCGCCCAUCCCCUCCCCACCCACUGCGUCCCGUACACCUCCCUCCAGGCCCUGCGGCUUCACAGCCUCAUGUUGUAAAUACUGUUGUACAGUUUGUAAUCAUCAAAUCACCCCAAGUCAGCGGCCUCGCCUGGGUCCCUUCUCACCUCGAGAAAGGCCAGGGAAUCGAGAAGAGCUUCAGGGCCAUCUCUGUGUGAGACGCUAUGUAUAUUCCUGUAAGAUUGCAUUUUUAUCUAAGGAAUGAUGUUAUUUAAAAAACAAACCAAAAAAAAAACAAAAAACAAG